AUUACGCAACGAAAGCACAUGACACAAGAAGCAAAACUGCUACAUCCCCCAAAACUUAUUCACAGUUAAUUUUUAUUCUUACUGACACACUUUCUCCACUGUGGGACAGUUUUUUAGGAAGUAAAAGAUUCUGAUAUCACUGUUUAGAUCCAAAGUAACAGAUUAAUUCCUUUCCCAUGACUCUACAAAACAAAUCUGUUUUCUAGGCCUCAGAUAAAUCCAACUAGAGACAUUAAAACACAACGACGCAACUUCAUAGAUGCAGCACUAUGCUGAAUUUGUCCAAAAAAAGUGAAAGUCCAAAUCUGCAGUAAAUGUCUCAUUAAGCCACGUUUUUACACCUGAUUAAAACAUCAGGACUCUCUCUUGAGUGAGGAAGUCCUUCCCAUAAUUACCUUUCCUCCUAAAUAAGAGUGUUUGAGUCUUCCUAUGUUUUUAAAUGCAAGGCUUCAGUUUGUAGCCUUUUUAUUAUAAAAUGCAUCAAAGCCCAUUCUCAGACUUCACAAAGCUCCUGCGUACCCACACAGGGAACAUUAUAGAAAUGUUUUCACAGACUUCUUGUCAACUGAUGACCGUGAGUAGAAUCAGUCGAGUGCCCCUUUGAACUGAGCUUCAAAGGCAAAUCUUUAGUGGCUAAAUGUGCCCAGUCUGGACUUUGAGAGAAAGCUGGGGUUGUUGUCGCUCCGGACGACGCAUAUCUCGUGAAACUACAGCAAGUUUACAUUGGAACAUGAAAUGGCUGAAGGAGUAGAGUCGACUGCGGCUUCUCGUGCUAAAGCCCUCGCGGCUUUUGUCCAGAGAGGAAAAGCUCUGCUGGACCUCGCCGAGAGGGAGAGCGGGGAAGGUUCACGUCAGGACUUUAUCAGGCGGAAAAUCCGGAUAGAGGAAAAACAGUGUCUGCUGGGUCUGAUCGAAGCAGCCGCAGCUUUGUACAGCAGCCUCUCUGUAACGAGGAAAAGAGAUGCAGAGGAUCUAUGGCGACGAAACAAUCACUGUGCUGCUUUGCGGGAAGCCGUUCAGGGUUUUCAUCAGCUAGAAGUGCAGUGGGACGCCUUUCUCCAGCGUUUGGACGAUGAGUUACAACUGAGUGUGAAAACACUGGACGGGGACCAUCGGUCAAAAUGUAUUUCACCAGACACGCCUCUCGUCGAUGCCAGAACCGCAGAAACAGUGACGCUGGAGAAAUAUCUUCGGAGAGGUAAGAAGACCUUGCUGGUGUUGAUCCGUCAGUUCUCCUGCCUGCUGUGUCGGCUACAUAUUAAAGAUCUGGAGAAGAACCAGACUUCCCUGGAUGCACACUCAAUACAAGUGGUGGUUGUGUCAUUUGGUUGUCAUGAGGGAGCUUCACACUGGCUACAGGGCACAGGCUGUCGGUACGACAUGCUGCUGGACGCCGACAGAAAGAUGUACGCAGCAUUCGGCCUCGGAGCGUCUCUGAAGAAAGUGUUAAACUUCGGCAACAUGCUGCUCUACGCUGAAUACGUAGCAGACAACAUGGAGUUUCCACGAAAUCUUCCGACGAUUCAAGACGACAUGUUUCAGCUGGGAGGUGACUUUGUUUUGGACGAACAUGGAAAGGUGCUGUUCUCUCACUGCUGCCAGAGUCCGAUAGACCGACCCACGGUGGAGGACAUUUUAUCUGCAGAGUGAAAAUUAAACUCUUUCAGCAGAGGUUAAUUAAAGACAGAGCAGAAACAGGUGAUAUCAGCUGAUUCAUUUAGCUGUUACACCUGGUAAAUGUUGUUAAUUAUUUUUAAUAUGCGGGUUUACGCAUAUGAGGAACCACAAAUACAACACGCAUUUGGAGAUUUUUAAAGGUCUUAAAGGUUUAUUAAACUGAUUAAACUCACUUUGUAAUAAAAAUCAA